AUGGCAUUUAAAGUCGAUAAAAAAUCAAUUGAUACGCAUCAAGAAUUUAAGGCUAAAACAACCCUCUUUUGCACUUCCAGGCGUGUUGCCAGUAGCUUUACAAUGAAAAUACUGAUACCUCUGGAUAAGACGCUUGCUGGCGAUGCGCAAAAGCUACUGGAAUCACAUCUGGACCGCAAGUUUGUUGUGUUCGAUGAAGAUUUGAGAAUAUUCUUCCAAUUGGAGCAACAUGACUUCCUUGAAUCAAUCCAGAUUUAUAUCAACGAGGCCUGCGUUUACAAGUGUGACAAAAGUGAAGACUGUAUAGACAAGCACGAAAGUGGAUUGUUGGAACUUCGAAAAUCAGUCCUAAGGGAUUAUAUUUUCCGCUCGAACAUAGUGAUGAACAAUGGGCACAAGAAUACCUGGCAAAUAAAAGCAGUAACUACUCUUCGAAAACCCCCUGAAUGGGGACAAGAGAAUGGGAAUGAUGUUGCAGAAGAUGAAGAAUUGUAUUUGCCUAGUUUCGAGCCUCUAGGGGCAGUACUCUCUUCAAAAACGAGUCUAGAAAAGCCAGAACAGCCUGAGAUUAGCACCGUCGAAGUGAAGUACCCGAUACACACUUUACUGAAUGUGAGGCUGCGGAACGUUGCAGUACCCGCAAAACGAUGCAUAUACUCGUCAUUGGAUCUGCAAACAGCCCAGUCUUGCCAUAACCUCAUCAGUGAGUAUAAGCUUUCGAAUUUCAAAAUCUCGAUAGAUGAGAUCGACUACCGUUUGAUUCGCAACUAUUCAAGUGCUCCAGUGCACCCAGUGCGUCCUAUAAGCGCGGCUUUGGAGCUUGGUCUGUGGGAUAGUUACAGCGUUAACUACCAGUUGCCGCAAACGAAAAAUCUCGAGUCUCAUCGAGUCGUCGUGUCACUUCGAUAUACAGUGCAUGCCGCUCCCUACGCGUUUGUUAUCAAAACCAACUGGGAAACAGAUGUCACGCUGCGAAAACAGAACACAAUGAUGGGUCUCCCGUCUCAGCCCACGUCCGUGCUCUCAACUACCCCGAUGCUGACGCCGUCAAUGAAGUUUGCGUCUUCAAUGACUUCUCUAGUGACGCCCAGUAAGCUCAACAACGUUAAAUUUGAGUUCCUGGUCAGUCAGUUGACGUGUCAGAAAGGUGUUAAGUUUUCUUUGCCGUUACAAAUAGUGAACCACUCCCAGGCGCCUUUAGAUAUUGUGGUCUACUGUACCAACUCUGCCCUUGAACCUCAAGGACAAUUUCCCGUUGAGAAAGAAUACAUGCUACACAAACGAUGGAUGAAAAACACAGAAGCCAUUAUUCUAUUAUCUAACGAUCACAGACUACCCACCAUACCGGUCUCUGAGACUUUCUGUGCCGACCUGGAGUUUUUUGCAAUUUUGUCCGGUUAUUAUCAGGGCAUUCCGGGACUCAGAAUCCUCGACUUGAAUUCUCAAGAAAUCACCAAUAUUGGAGCUGGUGUAAAGAUACUUAUAGAGUGA